UCUACAGCGUCGCUUUCGCUUCCUGAAAGCGAGGUCAUAUUAACUAAACAGAUCUUUUUAACGACUGGAUUUUCCCGUAGGCGUGGUCCACACGAGGUUUGAUCAAAGGUACAAAGGCCGGAGACCUUAAUCGAACGCACUGAAAGACAUCCUGUCCAUCCAUCCUUAUCUUAUCAUGUCUGAUCAGAGGCAAGACGGCGAGUGGGAAGAUGACCAUGCUGAUGAUUUUUCCCAGAUGAACAGUCGUCUGGACUCGUUCCGUGGUUCCAGCCUGGCACAGCAGGUGCCAGCAGAAAGACUGGCCCGAGCUGGCUUCUACUUCACAGGUGAUGCUGACCGUGUCCGAUGUUUCAGCUGCAAGAAGACUGUGGAAAACUGGUGCAGGGGAGACACACCUGUAGAGAGACAUAAAGAGGUUUCUCCACUUUGCACAUUUCUCUCCUGCACCCACCGCACCAGUUUCAUUCCAAGCUCUGAUUCUACAUUUAUGAAUGGCUACAAUGAAGAAGAAGAAGACCUGCGGUUUCGUUUGAGUACAGGUGAGGUGGAAGACGAGUCCACCUACCCCAUGGCCCCUCACAUGAAAAGUGAAGAAGCCCGACUUCAGACCUUCUCAUCUUGGCCCACCACUGCCCCUGUGAGACCCAGAGACCUGGCUGAAGCUGGUCUGUACUACUUAGGGAAGAAUGACCAGGUGCAGUGUUUCUGCUGCGGGGGCAUGUUAGGGGCCUGGGAGGUUGGGGACAGUGCCUGGGGAGAACACAACAAACAUUUCCCCAACUGCUUCUUCAUCCUCGGGCAUGAUGUUGGCAACAUCCCAUUCCAGAGGGGUAUAGAGGAGGAGGAGGGUGGCAGUAGUCAACAUGCAAACACUCAUGUUUCAAUGGGGAGCUAUGAGGAGAGGCUUGACAGCUUUGCGGGUGUCCAGCACCCUAUUGACCCCGAGAGACUCGCCAGAGCUGGUUUCUACAGCACAGGUACAGGAGACAGGGUGUUAUGUUUCUGCUGUGGUGGCGGUUUGAAAGGAUGGCAGCCUGAAGAAGACCCUUGGGAAGAACAUGCUAAACACUACCCUGGAUGCCGCUUCCUGUUAGAAGAAAAGGGACAAGAGUUUGUCAAUAAUGUUCAGCUACAAGACCCUCAACGAAAUAGAGCUACAUCAAGCCAUCAGAAUGGAUUUUCCAGAGACAGGAAUGAAGUGUUGCGGUCUACCGUGGCUCAGAAGGCCAUAGAGGUGGGUCUUGAACCCAGCAUGGUGGAGCAGACCAUCCUAGAUAAAAUGAGCAGGACUGGAUCGGGAUACUCGAGCCUGGAAGAACUGGUGGAGGAUUGCCUUAACAACCCCCCCCAGAGUGAAGCCUCCAACAAAGAGGAAAAAGACGAGGACCCGCUAGAGAAACUACGGAAGCUGCAGAGGGAAAAACAGUGCAAAAUAUGCAUGGACAGAGAUAUUUGUAUGGUGUUCAUCCCAUGCGGUCAUCUGGUCACUUGCAAGGAAUGUUCUGAGUCACUCAUCAAGUGCCCCAUCUGCUGCGGAGCCAUACUGCAAAAGGUCAAGACUUAUAUCGCCUAAAGGGAAUCACAGACUCUUGCCAAACUUCAAAGCUGCUUCCUGCAUAUUUUUAUCAUAAUCUAUUCUUAAUUUAAUUGUAGAUAGACUGUAAUAUAUUGAAAUACCAUGUUGUAUGUGUGACAAAUCAAUAAAUGUAAAAAUAAAAACACUACUUUCACAAUCACUGAGAUGGUACACAGUUGUAAAUAAGAGAUUAGGGGAUGUAAAUAUUUGUUCUUACUUGUUCUCCACAAGUAAAUACUGAAACCUGUAUCUAGACUUUAAAGGACAAUUCACAUUUUGCAGCACUGUUUUAUGCCAAUGGUGCCUUCUAGGGUUAUGUGCUUGCGUGUCUUUUUCUAUUGUUUGUUGUGGACGCCAAGAACAGUUUAACAGAACUGGAGAUCAAAAGCAAUAUUUGUCAGUUUAUAUUAUGUUCUCCAUUAAUCUGGCUUGUGAUUAAUUUUGUUGAUGAAGAAAGGGAAUGGCUGCAUAUUUGCUCCAAACCAAGGUUGCAGAUGUUACUUUUUUCUUCAUACUGUGUUUUGAAAUGUGUAAUGUGUCUAUUAAGUUUCAUUUUGUUUUUUGGGGUUUUUUGUUUUGUUUUUUUUUUGCUGAAUUGGGGGUGUUGAAUUUACUUUAUGGCUUAAAGGUAGAUCAGUAAAUUCAUAAUGGCUUUACAUGUAUAUUUAAUAAAAUCAAAUCUAGGUUAGGGUUUGCAGUUAAUCAGUGUUACCUGAAAUGACCAUACAUUCCACAGUACAAUCUGCUGUUUCAUCAAGUGAAUAAAAUGUAAUGAUUGGA